AUGUCAGAUAUUUUAGAAUUGGCAGAAUCUAAACAACAAGAAACCAUUAACUCAGAAUAUAAAGUUAUUGAGCAUAGACAUGAAUACUUGAAUAGAUUACAAGACCUUGAUGCAAAAAUCAAGUCCGUUAAUGAUAAAAUUAAAAAAGAAGAACAAAUUCGUCAAGCAGCCAUUAAAGUAAAGUCACAAACCCCCAAUACAAUAGUUCAAGCUCAAUGUGAACGUAACAUUGAAGAUUCUUCGAGGAAUAUUGAUUAUUUAACAAAUGAAUUAGAAAAAUUGCAUUUUAAACAACAAAGCGGUAUUAUUAAUAGUGGCGGUAGUCCUCUUCCUCCUACACCAUCACAACAACAACAAUUCCCUCCGCCACAAUCACAAAAUAAUAUUUCACAAGCUGGAUAUGGUGGUGGUGGAUAUUAUCAACCUCAACAACAGCUGCAAUCACCAUCACCAAUGAACCUUAUAAAAUCAAGUACACCAAUCACACCACAAAAGGUUUCAUUGAAACUUCAUGAACUUGAAUUCAAGCUUGAUGUUGAGCGAAAACUUAAAGCAGGCUCGGAGAAGAUGAUUGGUGCCGUACAAUUUCAAGAUCCAAAAAAUAAAAAAAGCAUCGCUGAAGUUCAAAUCAAAACUAUGGAAAGUAAAGAAAAAAUUUCAUUGUUGACUAGAUCUUUACAAAAAUAUAGACAAUUAUAUAUUGGUGAAGUGGAUGAUGAUGAAGAAGAUGAAACAGAAAGGGCAAGUAGAAACAUGCCUGGAUUACGUCGACCAAUCACAGGAAAACUAUCAAUACAAAUAAUCCAAGCACAUCAUAUUUCCCAUGUACCAAACAGAUCAAAUAAACCAUUAGACACUACUGUUUCAAUUAAAAUUGACGGAUCAAUAAAAGGUAAAACACGCGUUGCUCGUAAUGAUCGAUGGAAUGAGGAUUUUGAAUUUCAUGUGGAGAAAGGUAGUGAAAUUGAAAUCACAUUGUACGAUAAACCACAUGAACAACAUCAAGUCCCAAUUGGUCUUUUAUGGGUUAAACUAUCGGAUAUUGUUGAGGAGUUAAGAAAAAAAAAAAUAGAGGCUGUCAAAAACGGUCCUGGUUGGGUUACUGCUUCAAAUGUCCAAUUCGAUAAUAUUCAAAGAUCACCCUCUCCUAAUAAUAAUUCAUUUAAUAAUGGUGGUGCUUAUGUAUCCGGUAGUAGUGGCGGGCAAACUCCAGAACCUAACUUGUCACCACAACAGGUUGCAAGCCUGCCUCAACAAUCUUCAGCUUUACCAGAUGGUAUUGAAGCCUGGUUUGAAGUUGAGCCAGCUGGUCAAGUUUUAUUAAAGCUUAAUUUUGUCAAAGAGAACAUUAAUAAGAGGCCCGUAGAUGCUGGACUGGGUCGUACAGACGCUGUUCGUAAAAAAAAAGGCGAAAUACUUGAACAGAAUGGUCACAAAUUUAUUCAACAACAGUUUUAUCAAAUCAUGAAAUGUGCCUAUUGUGAAGAAUUAUUUGUUACAGAAGGAUUUCAAUGUUAUGAUUGUAAAUUAACAUGUCAUAAGAAAUGUUACACGAAAACUGUAACAAAAUGCAUUUCCAGAUCAAAUUCAGAGAUGGAUUCGGAUUAUAAACAACUUAAUCAUCGUAUUCCACAUCGUUUUGAGAAUCUUACUAAUAUUACUGGAAAUUGGUGUUGUCAUUGUGGUUAUAUGCUGCCAAUAGGAAAGAAAGGGUCAAAGAAAUGUUCUGAAUGUCAUAUUACUUGUCAUGCAAAAUGUACACAUCUUGUUCCUGAUUUUUGUGGUAUGCCAAUGAGAACUGCCAGUGAAAUGAUCGAUCAGAUCCAACGUGCAAUAGCUAAUGAUCAAUGGAACACACCUUCUCCUCAACAUAAACAACAACAACAACAACAAGUGUUAUUACAACAAUAUCAAUACCAGCAACAAAAUCCAUCAUCACAAAAUCCACAUCGUCUUACACAAUCUUUACCUUACUCUCCAAAACAACCUUUAAUCAUACAACAAUCCCAACCAUUUCACUCUCCUCAGCAGCAGCAACAGCAACAGCAGCAACAGCAGCAAUAUCAACAGAAGCAGCAACAAUAUCAGCAGCAGCCACAACAAAAGCAACAGAUUUAUCCACCAAUUUCUUAUGACGAUUAUAAUUCAAUGCCACCACCAUCACAACAACAAUUACAAAAACAUUCUCCUCAUUCAUCACCUACACAUUCCUACGCACAACCAGCUAUGGUUACUCCUAAUCAAAGAGUUUCAUCUGUUAAAUCUCGCAAAGUUGGUUUAGAUGACUUUACUUUUAUUUCUGUAUUGGGCAAGGGAAAUUUUGGCAAAGUUAUGCUUGCAGAAGAAAAAGUUACCAAGCAACUUUAUGCUAUAAAAGUUUUAAAAAAAGAGUUUAUCAUCGAAAACGAUGAAGUCGAAAGUACAAAAUCUGAAAAAAGAGUUUUCCAAACUGCUAAUCGUGAACGACAUCCUUUCCUACUUGGUCUUCAUUCCUGUUUCCAGACUGACACCAGAAUAUAUUUUGUGAUGGAGUACGUUAGUGGUGGUGAUUUAAUGUUGCAUAUUCAAAGGGAACAAUUCACUUAUAGACGAGCACAAUUUUAUGCAGCAGAAGUAUUACUUGCUUUAGAAUAUCUACAUAAACAUGGUGUCAUAUAUAGAGACUUGAAACUUGAUAAUAUAUUACUUACACUAGAUGGACAUAUAAAGAUCGCUGAUUAUGGUCUUUGCAAAGAAGAAAUGUGGUAUGGAGCCACUACAAAUACAUUUUGUGGCACUCCUGAGUUUAUGGCACCAGAGAUUUUGUUGGAAAAAAGAUAUGGUAGAGCAGUUGAUUGGUGGGCAUUUGGUGUUUUGAUUUAUGAAAUGCUUUUAGGUCAAUCACCAUUUCGUGGUGAAGAUGAAGAUGAAAUUUUUGAUGCGAUUUUAGAAGAUGAGAUUUUAUAUCCGAUAAACAUGUCUAGAGAUUCUGUAUCCAUAUUACAAAAGUUGUUGACUCGUGACCCAGAAAAACGUCUUGGAUCAUCUCAAGCAGAUGCAGAAGAAAUUAAGAGACAUCCAUUUUUUAAAGGUGUAAAUUGGGAUGAUAUGCUUUCAAAGAAAGUUGCGCCACCAUUUUACCCCACAAUUUCAUGCCCAACUGAUACUUCAAAUUUUGAUACGGAAUUUACAAAUGAAGUACCAGUAUUGACACCUGUUCAUACAAAGUUAAGCGCAGAUACACAAAAAGAAUUCCAAGGAUUUUCUUAUGUUUCAAAUUGGGUUCCUGAUUCUGAUAAUAAACACUAA